AUACAUUGUAGAUUCAAAAUGUGACCUAAUUGAAUAGAUGCACAAUUGAUUAUAUAUAUAUAUAUAUAACUUGUACAUAGUUCAUAACUUACAUUGUUCUUCAUUUUAAUUAAGAUAACAAGAGUAAGUUAAUGCAUUUUGUGUCAUGGUUCAGUUUAUGUUUAGUUCGUUGUAUUCUAUCAGGAAAACAACAUCAUUUUACACGCAAAACGAGUUUAUAAAAUAUUAACGAUAAUAUUGGUAUUGGUUUUAAAUAUCUAAUGAAAUAUAUUUAUUAAAUAAACUUGUUUGGUAUAUAUGUAGUAGUAGUAGUUUGAAGUAACCCGUUGUUGAUUCACAAGAGAAUCUUGAUCAGUCUUAACCAGCAUAUACAUAUCUUGUGAGAACCGCCUCGGCAUAACGAUUAUAUCAUAAGCUAUUUCGCAAAGAUGGAUUAUGGAUAGCAGUGGAAUCCAGGACGCGGCUUUCGUUCUAUUUUGAAACUCGUCAACUCGAAAUACCUCCAACCCAGUGUUGUUACUCACGUGGGAGCGUAUAUAUAUGGAAAACAUGAUGGCAAGAAUUGGCAAAGGAAUUCAAUCAUGUCUAUCCUGGAUUCAUCAAAGAGAUGGUAGGGUGCCAUCAAAUGCAAUCGAUGCAGGUCAUGCUGUUUAUAUUGCUCGUAUAUAUCAUUCUGGCGAUCUAAUUCCUGGUAAAGUUGUACCACAUUUGGGCAAAGCUUAUGUUAGUUAUGAUGGAACAGAAUAUGAAUUCGAUUCAUAUGAGGUAUUAUGUGAUACAAAAUUACCACAUGGUCCCCAACAGUGUUACAAAUGGGAACGACAUAGUAAUGGAUAUGUUCCUAAAUAUGCCGUUGUUGGAGGUAUAACUUCUUCCAAUGAACCACUUUAUAUAGCUCGAGAAUAUAUUAAUGGUGAACGUGUAGUUGGAAAAGUUCAUGAAAGUCAUGAAUGCGCUUAUUUCCCUUAUGGUGGUCAAGAAAGAAAAAUGCAUCAUUAUGAAGUUCUUGUAUUAAUUAAAUGAUUACAAAAAAGAAAAAUACAAAAGAGAAAAAUACAGACAAUACCCAAACCACAAUUAUCGUAAAUUGAAUUUUUUUUUCACUUUUAGAAUAAACAAACCAAUCUUAAUUAGCUUCAUUUAUUAUUUCAUCAAUUCUUAUUCAGGAUUUUUGUUACUAACCGAUUAUUGACUAUUGAAAAAUACCUACAUUUUUUUUAAAACGCAAAUGAUAAUCAUGUUUUCCGAACAAAAUCUAUUUGUCAUAAUUAUUUUUCUUAUUAAAUUCAUAUAUAAGAAUAGUAUAAUCUGUAAUAUGUUUCUUGACUAUUUCUUUAAUAGUAUCAGAAGAGGUUUUGUGGAGAUUGUAGUAAUUUCAAUAGUUGAGAUCGUGAGUCAGUUGAAGCUAGACCACCAUCAAAAACCUGGAAUCAUUGAAAAGCCGUUUCGUCUUAUUGUGGGACUUCCCAACAGAGCGCAUCUACGAUCCCAUCCCCCCCUGCAAGAUUCGAACCCAGGGCCUAUCAGUCUCUCGCGCGAACACCUAAACACUAGACCACUGAGCCGGCAUCCAACGGUGUUAAUGUCUAACAUCAACUAAUCCACAAGAUUGAGCGACACAUCCACCAUUGUCAUCAGUGAGUUCCUGUCUCACAACUGACCCAGUGCUUCCAGGUUUUCGAUGGUGGUCUAUCUUCAAUCGACUCAUGAUCUCAACUACUGAUAUUUCUUUAAUAUAAAAUGUCAACUAUAUGGAAUUUUUAGAAACCGAA